AUGGACCAAUCCGUAGACUCCCGCCUCCUAGCCAACCAGUCCAAUCACUCUAAUUUGGAAACGAAUGGAAACCUGCGCGGAUCAUGCCCGGAUUUGUCAGACGAUCAACUGCGCAUGUGGGACGACAUUCUCUACAAAGCCAUUCAAAACGAACGUGACGCGCUACAGAACAAGGAGGAAGCGUUGAACAAGUUUCGGCGGAAAACGUUCGAUCCAACACCACAGAGGGCGAGGAGUAACACGCCUAUGACUACUUCUAGUAGGUUUUUUGGGAGUGGUUUUGCGGUACCGGGUAGAAUAAAGCAAUGUACGGUAGGGUAGAAUAAGGAAAUUUAGGUUAUGGUCAAUUAGAGUUGGCAAAGGCAAAUUAGGGUACAAUAAGGCAGGAUUUGGCAGGAUAAGAUAGGGGGGGGGGUACAUUAAAGUAGAAUAAGAAAUUUUUAACAAAUUUUAUGUUUUUUAGGUUUAAAAACUUGCAAAAACAAAUAAAAUCCUAAAAUCCAAUAAAUUUUUUUUCAGUUUAUGAGAUAUGCGCUCCGGUUGAUGUGGAAGGUAAUGAAGAGACGGAUAAUGUGCUAAACGGCUUGGACGAGAACUGUGACGAAAAUGGGAAUAUAUCACAGCCGAGUAGGUUAAAACGUGUUUAAAAUAGCAUUGUAGGACUUUUUUGAGAAAAAAAAAUUUUUUAUUAAAUUUUGAAAUUUUUUUAAAUUUGAAAUUUAAAAAAAAUUUUUUUAAUUUUGUAUUGAAAAGGUCAUUUUUACCUUAAUUUACCCUAAUUUACCCAACCCUACUCUAUCUUGAUCUAACUUACCUUAUGUUACUCUACCUUUCCUAACUUAUCCCUACCUUAUCUUAUUUUACCCUACUUUAAACUACCUUACCCUAUCUUAAUCUAGUCUAUCCUUACUAUAAUCUGCGUUAUUUUGACCUGCCAUAUCUCAUUUUACCCUACCAUACCCUAUCCUACCCUCCUUUGCCCUUACUUUUACCAAAAUUUUAAAAUUUUGCAAUUUUAGCCACAUCCCUUGACGAAGCCUUUGAUCUCCGCUCCAACUCAUCAUCGUCAAAAGAAAAUGACAGUCAACGGAAUUCAGAUUCCUUGGCAAAGAAGCUACGGAAAGAGCUUGAAGACCUGCAGUUCAGGAACACUUGCGAAUGGCAGACAUCGACCGGUAAAGUGAUGAAAAUCAAUGCCAACCCGCUAUUCGAUAUGGAAGCGGACUUUCCUCAGAAUCGCCAAAAGUCAGUAGAACAUCGUCGUGGAUCUUAUGGUAGUGAGGGGUACGGUAAUUACAGUACUAAUAGCCAUCAUGAUGGAAAUUACGGUAGAGAUGGCUACAGUCACCGUAAUAAUGCUAGCCACCGUAACAGUGAUGGUCAAAGCUACAUUUCAUCAACUGGUACCUCUUCCAACAAUGGUUCCAACGGUACUAGUACUUAUGAAAAGAGCUCCGGUUUGUACCAAAAUCAAAAAGACCAGUACCAAUCUGAAAAUUAUACCAGCUUCCCCAACCCACAACAUAUGACAACAUACGAUGCACAAAAACACCCAUUUUUUACCACUAGUCUAUACCUACCAAACACCAAGUCUUCGGUCGAGAAGUGCUCGUUCGAAGAGGACUACUUUGAAGGUAUGAACAUUAGAGUAAAUCCAUUCGAAGAGUCUGAUGACAUAGCUUUGGAAGAGGCCGAUUGCCCUCCGGCUACACGAUUUCAACAACUUCAAUGGGCGAUUCAGAGACAGAAAGAGAGGUAUAAUGAUCAACUUCAGAUGCCGGAAAAGGCUUGUUGUAGUAUCAUGUAG